AUGACACAUUAUAGCCGAUCUGAAGAUAUCGUUUUGACGAUAUAUAUUCGAGAUCCAGACCGAACGAUGCUGGCCAAGAGACUUGUUUUGAGCAGUGGGCUCCUUGGCAAGGGAAGUGUGUCGUUGGCUGCUAGAGGCUAUGCUACAAUUGGUACUGCUGCCGAUGGUGGGCCAUUUGUCCCUCCAUUCAUUCCGCUGGUGUCCGAGAGUGGAUUCCCAGGAGCAGUUGGUAAUACUCCACUUGUGCGAUUAAACAAGUUGAGUGACGAGACUGGUACCAAUAUUUAUGGAAAAGCCGAGUUUAUGAACCCUGGUGGUUCGGUUAAGGAUAGAGCUGCGUUGUUCAUUAUCCAGGAUGCCGAAAAGAAGGGACUUAUUAAACCAGGUGGUACCAUUGUCGAAGGUACCGCUGGUAACACCGGUAUCGGUCUUGCUCACAUGUGUCGUGCUAGAGGCUAUAAGUGUGUCAUUUAUAUGCCCAACACCCAAUCUCAAGGUAAAAUUGACCAUCUUAGAAGAUUAGGUGCCGAGGUGUAUCCAGUGCCGGCAGUUGCAUUUGAUAAUCCUGACAAUUAUAACCACCAAGCCAAGCGUCAUGCCGACAGAUUGGACAAUGCUGUGUGGACCAACCAAUUCGACAAUGUUGCCAACCGUCAAGCUCAUAUUGAGACCACAGGUCCUGAAAUCUGGGCUCAGACCAAUGGCAAAUUAGAUGCUUUUACAUGUGCUACUGGUACCGGAGGUUCUCUCGCUGGUACUACCAGAUAUCUGAAAGAGAUUUCCAAUGGUCGAGUCAAGGCAUUUUUGGCUGAUCCACCAGGCAGUGUUCUCCACAGCUAUAUUUCAUCUGGUGGUAAACUGAUUGAGCGAAGCGGAUCCAGUAUUACUGAGGGAAUUGGUCAAGGUAGAGUUACCGAUAACCUUAAGCCCGAUAUUGAGCUUAUGGACGGUUCCCUGACCAUUUCUGAUGAAAAGACCAUCAACAUGGUAUACAGACUUCUGGAUGAAGAGGGGCUUUAUCUCGGAGCAUCGUCUUGUUUGAAUGUUGUAGCUGCCUAUGAAGUAGCACAAAAGCUUGGACCAGGAAGCACCGUCGUUACUCUUCUCUGUGACAGUGCUGACAGAUAUGCCGACCGACUGUUCAGUCGCAAAUGGCUUCAAUCCAAGAACUUGGACGUUCUUCCUGAACACCUGCAAAAAUAUAUCGUUUUGGAGUAA